AUGACGAAUACAGUCUGUCAAAUCCAAAAGGCAGGAAAGACGAGUAGCACAGAAAUGACGAAUCCACUCUGUCCAAUCCAAAAGGCAGGAAAGACGAGCAGCACAGAAAUCACGAAUCCAGUCUGUCAAAUCCAAACGGAAGGAAAGACGAGCAGCACAGAAAUCACGAAUCCAGUCUGUCAAAUCCAAAAGGCAGGAAAGAGGAGUAGCACAGAAAUCACGAAUCCAGUCUGUCAAAUCCAAAAGGCAGGAAAGACGAGCAGCACAGAAAUCACGAAUCCAGUCUGUCAAAUCCAAACGGAAGGAAAGACGAGCAGCACAGAAAUCACGAAUCCAGUCUGUCAAAUCCAAAAGGCAGGAAAGACGAGCAGCACAGAAAUCACGAAUCCAGUCUGUCAAAUCCAAAAGGCAGGAAAGACGAGCAGCACAGAAAUCACGAAUCCAGUCUGUCAAAUCCAAACGGAAGGAAAGACGAGCAGCACAGAAAUCACGAAUCCAGUCUGUCAAAUUCAAAAGGCAGGAAAGAUGAAAGCAGCACAGAAAUCACGAAUCCAGUCUGUCAAAUCCAAAAGGCAAAAGACGAGUAGCACAAAAUCACGAAUCCAGUCUGUCAAAUCCAAAAGGCAGGAAAGACGAGCAGCACAGAAAUCACGAAUCCAGUCUGUCAAAUCCAAAAGGCAGGAAAGACGAGUAGCACAGAAAUCACGAAUCCAGUCUGUCAAAUCCAAAAGGCAGGAAAGACGAGCAGCACAGAAAUCACGAAUCCAGUCUGUCAAAUCCAAAAAGGCAGGAAAGACGCGUAGCACAGAAAUGACGAAUCCAGUCCGUCAAAUCCAAAAGGCAGGAAAGACAGUAGCACAGAAAUCACGAAUCCAGUCUGUCAAAUCCAAAAGGCAGGAAAGACGAGCAGCACAGAAAUCACGAAUCCAGUCUGUCAAAUCCAAAAGGCAGGAAAGACGAGUAGCACAGAAAUCACGAAUCCAGUCUGUCAAAUCCAAAAGGAAAGACGAAAGAGGAAUCGUCUGUCAAAGAAAUGACGAAUCCAGUCUGUCAAAUCCAAAAAGCAGGAAAGACGAGCAGAAAUCACGAAUCCAGUCUGUCAAAUCCAAAGGCAGGAAAGACGAGCAGCACAGAAAUCACGAAUCCAGUCUGUCAAAUCCAAAAGGCAGGAAAGAAAGACAGGUCACAGAAAUCACGAAUCCAGUCUGUCAAAUUCAAAAGGCAGGAAAGACGAGCAGCACAGAAAUCACGAAUCCAUCUGUCAAAUCCAAAAGGCAGGAAAGACGAGCAACAGAAAUCACGAAUCCAGUCUGUCAAAUCCAAAAGGCAGGAAAGACGAGCAGCACAGAAAUCACGAAUCCAGUCUGUCAAAUCCAAAAGGAAGGAAAGACGAGCAGCACAGAAAUCACGAAUCCAGUCUGUCAAAUCCAAAAGGCAGGAAAGACGAGCAGCACAGAAAUCACGAAUCCAGUCUGUCAAAUCCAAAAGGCAGGAAAGACGAGCAGCACAGAAAUCACGAACAGUCUGUCAAAUCCAAACGGAAGGAAAGCAGCACAGACAGUCAAAACAGAAAUCACGAAUCCAGUCAAAUCCAAAAGGCAGGAAAGACGAGCAGCACAGAAAUCACGAAUCCAGUCUGUCAAAUCCAAACGGAAGGAAAGACGAGCAGCACAGAAAUCACGAAUCCAGUCUGUCAAAUCCAAACGGAAGGAAAGACGAGCAGCACAGAAAUCACGAAUCCAGUCUGUCAAAUCCAAAAGGCAGGAAAGACGAGCAGCAAUGACGAAUCCAGUCAAAAAUCAGAAUCCAGAAUCAGUCUGUCAAAUCAAAAGGCAGGAAAGACGAGUAGAAAAGAAAUCACGAAUCCAGUCUGUCAAAUCCAAAAAGGCAGGAAAGACGAGCAGCACAGAAAUCACGAAUCCAGUCUGUCAAAUCCAAAAGGCAGGAAAGACGAGUAGCACAGAAAUCACGAAUCCAGUCUGUCAAAUCCAAAAGGCAGGAAAGACGAGCAGCACAGAAAUCACGAAUUCAGUCUGUCAAAUCAAAAGGCAGGAAAGACGAGCAGCACAGAAAAUCACGAAUCCAGUCUGUCAAAUCCAAAACGGAAGGAAAGACGAGCAGCACAGAAAUCACGAAUCCAGUCUGUCAAAUCCAAAGGCAGGAAAGACGAGCAGCACAGAAAUCACGAAUCCAGUCUGUCAAAUCCAAAAGGAAGGAAAGACGAGCAGCACAGAAAUCACGAAUCCAGUCUGUCAAAUCCAAAAUGAAAGGAAAGAGGCUCUGUCAAAUCCAAAAGGCAGGAAAGAGGCACAGAAAAAUCACGAAUCCAGUCUGUCAAAUUCAAAAGAAAAAACGAGUAGCACAGAAAUCACGAAUCCAGUCUGUCAAAUCCAAAAGGAAAGAAAGACAGGUAGCACAGAAAUGACGAAUCCAGUCUGUCAAAUCCAAAAGCAGGAAAGACGAGUAGCACAGAAAUCACGAAUCCAGUCUGUCAAAUCCAAAAGGCAGGAAAGACGAGCAGCACAGAAAUCACGAAUCCAGUCUGUCAAAUCAAACGAGGAAAAGACGAGCAGCACAGAAAUCACGAAUCCAGUCUGUCAAAUCCAAAAGGCAGGAAAGACGAGCAGCACAGAAAUCACGAAUCCAAAAUCCAAACGAAGGAAAAGACGAGCAGUCUGUCAAAUCCAAAAGGAAGGAAAGACGAGCAGCACAGAAAUCACGAAUCCAGUCUGUCAAAUUCAAAAGGCAGGAAAGACGAGCAGCACAGAAAUCACGAAUCCAGUCUGUCAAAUCCAAAAAGGAAGGAAAGACGAGCAGCACAGAAAUGACGAAUCCAGUCUGUCAAAUCCAAAAGGAAAGAAAGAAAGCGUAGACAGAAAUGACGAAUCCAUCUGUCAAAUCCAAAAGGCAGGAAAGACGCAGCACAGAAAUCACGAAUCCAGUCUGUCAAAUCCAAAAGGCAGGAAAGACGAGCAGCACAGAAAUCACGAAUCCAGUCUGUCAAAUCCAAAAGGCAGGAAAGACGAGCAGCACAGAAAUCACGAAUCCAGUCUGUCAAAUUCAAAAGGCAAAAGACGAGCAGGAAAUCACGAAUCCAGUCUGUCAAAUUCAAAAGGCAGGAAAGACGAGCAGAAAAAUCACGAAUCCAGUCUGUCAAAUCCAAAAGGAAGGAAAGACGAGCAGCACAGAAAUCACGAAUCCAGUCUGUCAAAGAAAGAAAGAGGUAUAGCACAGAAAUCACGAAUCCAGUCUGUCAAAUCCAAAAGGCAGGAAAGACGAGUAGCACAGAAAUCACGAAUCCAGUCUGUCAAAUCCAAAAGACGAGCAGCACAGAAAUCACGAAUCCAGUCUGAAAUUCCAAAGAGACGAGCACAGAAAUCACGAAUCCAGUCUGUCAAAUCCAAAAGGAAGGAAAAGACAAGCACAGAAAUCACGAAUCCAGUCUGUCAAAUCCAAAAGGAAAAAAAAGACGAGCAGCACAGAAAUGACGAAUCCAGCAGGAAAGACGAGCAGCAGAAAUCACGAAUCCAGUCUGUCAAAUCAAAAGGCAGGAAAGAAGACAGAAAUCACGAAUCCAGUCUGUCAAAUCCAAACGGAAAAAGACACGAAUCCAGAAUCCAGUCAAAUCAAAUUCAAAAGGCAGGAAAGACGAGCAGCACAAAAUCACGAAUCCAGUCUGUUAAAUCACACAGAAAUCACGAAUCCAGUCUGUCAAAUCCAAACGGAAGGAAAGACGAGCAGCACAGAAAUCACGAAUCCAGUCUGAAAUCCAAACGGAAGGAAAGACGAGCACGAAAAUCCAAUCCAGUCUGUCAAAUUCAAAAGGCAGGAAAGACGAGCAGCACAGAAAUCACGAAUCCAGUCUGUCAAAUCCAAAAUGCAGGAAAGACGAGCAGCACAGAAAUCACGAAUCCAGUCUGUCAAAUCCAAACGGAAGGAAAGACGAGCAGCACAGAAAUCACGAAUCCAGUCUGUCGAAUCCAAAAGGAAAGAAAGAGGCGUAGCACAGAAAUGACGAAUCCAGUCUGUCAAAUCCAAAAGGCAGGAAAGACGAGUAGCACAGAAAUCACGAAUCCAGUCUGUCAAAUUCAAAAGGCAGGAAAGACGAGCAGCACAGAAAUCACGAAUCCAUUCUGUCAAAUCAAAAGGCAGGAAAGACGAGCAGCACAGAAAUCACGAAUCCAGUCGUCAAAUCCAAACGGAAGAAAGACGAGCGACAGAAAUCACGAAUCCAGUCUGUCAAAUCAAAAGGAAAGAAAGAGGCGUAGCACAGAAAUGACGAAUCCAGUCUGUCAAAUCCAAAAGGCAGGAAAGACGAGCAGCACAGAAAUCACGAAUCCAGUCUGUCAAAUCCAAAAGGCAGGAAAGACGAGCAGCACAGAAAUCAAAUCAAAAAAAAAAGACGAGCAGCACAGAAAUCACGAAUCCAGUCUGUCAAAUCCAAACGGAAGGAAAGACGAGCAGCACAGAAAUCACGAAUCCAGUCUGUCAAAUUCAAAAGGCAGGAAAGACGAGCAGCACAGAAAUCACGAAUCCAGUCUGUCAAAUUCAAAAGGCAGGAAAGACGAGCAGCACAGAAAUCACGAAUCCAGUCUGUCAAAUCCAAAAGGAAGGAAAGACGAGCAUACAGAAAUCACGAAUCCAGUCUGUCAAAUCCAAAAGGAAGGAAAGACGAGCAGCACAGAAAUCACGAAUCCAGUCUGUCAAAUCAAAAGGGCAGGAAAGACGAGCAGCACAGAAAUCCAGUCUGUCAAAUCCAAAAGACAGCACGAAUCCAGAAAGACGAGCAGCACAGAAAUCACGAAUCCAGUCUGUCAAAUCAAAGAAAUGACAAUCAGUCUGGAAAUCCAAAAGGCAGGAAAGACGAGCACAGAAAUCACGAAUCCAGUCUGUCAAAUUCAAAGGCAGGAAAGACGAGCAGCACAGAAAUCACGAAUCCAUUCUGUCAAAUCCAAAAGGCAGGAAAGACGAGCAGCACAGAAAUCACGAAUCCAGUCUGUCAAAUCAAACGGAAAAAGACGAGCAGAAUCACAAUCAGUCUGUCAAAUUCAAAAAGGCAGGAAAGACGAGCAGCACAGAAAUCACGAAUCCAGUCUGUCAAAUUCAAAAGGCAGGAAAGACGAGCAGCACAGAAAUCACGAAUCCAGUCUGUCAAAUCCAAACGGAAGGAAAGACGAGCAGCACAGAAAUCACGAAUCCAGUCUGUCAAAUCCAAAAGGAAAGAAAGAGGCGCAGGAAAGACGAGUAGCACAGAAAUCACGAAUCCAGUCUGUCAAAUCCAAAAGGCAGGAAAGACGAGCAGCACAGAAAUCACGAAUCCAGUCUGUCAAAUCCAAACGGCAGGAAAGACGAGCAGCACAGAAAUCACGAAUCCAGCAGGAAAGACGAGUAAAGAAAUCACGAAUCCAGUCUGUCAAAUCCAAACGGAAGGAAAGACGAAGCACAGAAAUCACGAAUCCAGUCUGUCAAAUUCAAAAGGCAGGAAAGACGAGCAGCACAGAAAUCACGAAUCCAGUCUGUCAAAUCCAAACGGAAGGAAAGACGAGCAGCAGAAAUCACAAUCCAGAAUCCAAAAUGAAAAGAAAGAGGCGUACGAAUCCAGUCUGUCAAAUCCAAAAGGCAGGAAAGACGAGUAGCACAGAAAUCACGAAUCCAGUCUGUCAAAUCCAAAAGGCAGGAAAGACGAGCAGCACAGAAAUCACGAAUCCAGUCUGUCAAAUCCAAAAGGCAGGAAAAGACGAGCAACAGAAAUCACGAAUCCAGUCUGUCAAAUCCAAACGGAAGGAAAGACGAGCAGCACAGAAAUCACGAAUCCAGUCUGUCAAAUUCAAAAAGGCAGGAAAGACGAGCAGCACAGAAAUCACGAAUCCAGUCUGUCAAAUCCAAAAAGGCAGGAAAGACGAGCAACAGAAAUCACGAAUCCAGUCUGUCAAAUCCAAAAGGCAGGAAAGACCAUCAACACAGAAAUCACGAAUCAGUCUGUCAAAUCCAAACGGAAGGAAAGACGAGCAGCACAGAAAUCACGAAUCCAGUCUGUCAAAUUCAAAAGGCAGGAAAGACGAGCAGCACAGAAAUCACGAAUCCAGUCUGUCAAAUUCAAAAGGCAGGAAAGACGAGCAGCACAGAAAUCACGAAUCCAGGCUGUCAAAUUCAAAAGGCGGGAAAGACAGCACAGAAAUCACGAAUCCAGUCUGUCAAAUCCAAACGGAAGGAAAGACGAGCAGCACAGAAAUCACGAAUCCAGUCUGUCAAAUCCAAAAGGAAAGAAAGAGGCGUAGCACAGAAAUGACGAAUCCAGUCUGUCAAAUCCAAAAGGCAGGAAAGACGAGUAGCACAGAAAUCACGAAUCCAGUCUGUCAAAUCCAAAAGGCAGGAAAGACGAGCAGCACAGAAAUCACGAAUCCAGCAGGAAAGACGAGUAGCACAGAAAUCACGAAUCCAGUCUGUCAAAUCCAAAAGGAAGGAAAGACGAGCAGCACAGAAAUCACGAAUCCAGUCUGUCAAAUCCAAAAGGCAGGAAAGACGAGCAGCACAGAAAUCACGAAUCCAGUCUGUCAAAUCCAAAAAAGGCAGGCAGACGAAAAAUCACGAAUCCAGUCUGUCAAAUCAAAAGGCAGGAAAUCGAGCACGAAUCCAGUCUGUCCAAUCCAAAAGGCAGGAAAGACGAGCAGCACAGAAAUCACGAAUCCAGUCUGUCAAAUCCAAAAGGCAGGAAAGACGAGCAGCACAGAAAUGACGAAUCCAGUCUGUCAAAUCCAAAAGGCAGGAAAGACGAGUAGCACAGAAAUCACGAAUCCAGUCUGUCAAAUCCAAACGGAAGGAAAGACGAGCAGCACAGAAUUCACGAAUCCAGUCUGUCAAAUCUAA